AUGGCCGUUGGCCAGUCCGGCUCAGGACGUUCAACCUUCAUUAACUCUCUUUGUGACCAAGUCAUAGUGGAACCCUCCUCAACAAUAAUCUCUCCCGAUAUUGCUGACCAGCCAAACCGUGAUUUGGAACUCAGGAAGUCAAUAGUUGAAUUGGAGGACGAGGAGGGUGUGAGAAUAAGUCUCACUAUCAUUGAUACUCCCGGGUUCGGUGAUUCCAUCGAGAAUGAAAGCAGUUUUGGAAUCAUUUCUGAUUACUUGAGACAUCAGUUUGACGAGAUUUUGACCGAGGAAUCUAGACUCAAGAGAAACCCAAGAUUCAAAGAUGGUAGAGUGCAUGCCUGUCUCUAUUUCAUUGUCCCUACAGGCCAUGGUCUGAGAGAAUUAGACGUUGAGAUAAUCAAGGCCUUGGGAAAUUUGGUGAACGUUAUUCCUGUGAUAAGCAAAAGUGACUCUUUGACCACGAAGGAGUUGGCUCUUAACAAGAAGCUCAUCAAGGAGGACAUUGAGUUUUAUCAGUUACCUGUCUUUGACUUCAAAGAUGAGUUUUUGGAAAGCUAUGGUGAUGAGGAUAAUUUGGAACUCAAUGAUUAUUUGCAAAAGACCUUGCCUUUUGCUGUGAUGGGUUCCAAUGACGUUGUGGUUGACCCUGAAACCAAGGAAAGAAAGAGAGUAAGGACAUACCCAUGGGGGUCUGUGAACAUCGAGGACAAUGAGAUAAGUGAUUUCCAAACAUUGAAGAACACGCUUCUGAUUUCCCAUCUCAACGACAUGAAAGACUUCACCCACGAGGUACUGUAUGAGAACUACAGAACCAAGGCUCUGGGCUCUGAAGACGAUGAUUUGUACUCGGCAGACUAUAACCCUUCCGUGCAAGCUCCAAAAUCAAUCAAGUCUCAAAGCACUGUUCCUCAUAGUCCUAACGUUCCAGAGUACAUGGAGAGAGAAGAACAGAUCAAGUUGGAGGAGGAGAGACUGAAAGCGUUCGAGGAACGUGUUCAACGCGAUCUGUUAGCCAAGAGAGAGGAGCUGGAGGCUAGAGAGAGGGAAUUGGCUGAAAUUGAGCAGAAGCUGGCGCUAGAAGCAAACUAA